AUGUUGAAAUCAGUCAUUCGAACACUGGUAAGAUCUCGCCAGUUCUCAGUUUCAAUGUGCGCUCGAAGUGAACCUGUAGCCACACACGAAACAAUAGAUCAACUCGAGAGAACACACGUCAGAAAACUUCGCAAACGUCGACCAUUGGCAGAUCCAGUUGUCAAAAUAAUCAGGGAACCUUCUGUGGUCUCAAUGGCACUUGCAGAAAGUCUUCAACUUCAAGAUGUGAUGUUAGAUGGUGGAUUGAAUAGCAUGUACGAAAUCACGUGCAUUGAUGAUGGUAAAUGACUGAGAACUGUUUUUUCUUGAUAGGUGGGAUUUUCAGACGUUGACGAAACGCUUCACUUUGUCAAAAAGCUGGAAUACACCAUAAAUCCGGGCGAACUCAGUGAAAUCUACGUUUUCCGCGAUGGCGUCGUCGUAUUCUGGAACGUCGAAUCCAGCCAAAGAUCACAAGUUCUACGAGAACUCGAAAGAUAUGCCGAAUCGCCUUACGAUUCAAUGAUUGUUAUGGAUGAACAAGAUCGAAUGUUCUAUAAAUUUUCAGAACAAUCGACAGUGUCCAGUAUUCGUCAGGAUCGAUUUUAUUUGGCUGCACGGCAUUUGGACGCGUUUACACCGAAGAAAGAGGCGAUUUUGGAGAGAUUUGCGUUGAGUCAGGCUUUUGCAGCUUCUGGUGAGCUUUUGGGUGCAAAAUUCACUAAAAAUUGAAGAUUUUUUGAACUGCAUUCGAUAUUUUUAUCAAAAUAUAUAUUUUCUAGUAUUUUCCAACCCGCUGAUCACAAUUCCAUUGUCAAAAAUUGCAAAUCUCAAAUCCUAAGUGGCUUUGGGAGGUUAGAACUAAAUUUCGAGAUGGUUUUCAUGAAAAUCUGAUAGCAUAGGGUUGUUCAGAAGAAAAAAAAAAUUACAUUGGGUCUCGCAGCGAAAAAUUAAUUUUUCCUGGGAUUUUUGAUGAUUUUCUAGGUCCUGUGUGGAAUUUUCACUGUUUUCUGGGUCCUGAAGCGAAAAAAAUCUUAAUUUUCUCUUCAAGAUCCGGAAAACAGUCAAAAUUCCACACAGGACCUAGAAAAUCACCAAAAAUCCCAGGCAAAAUCAAUUUUUCGCUGCAAGACCCAAAAAUAUAUGUAAUUUUUUCUUCUGAACAACCCUAUGCUAUCAGAUUUUCAUGAAAAUCAUUUUGAAAUCUAGUCCUGACCUCCCAAAUCCACUUAGGAUUUGAGAUUUGCAAUUUUUGACAAUGGAAUUGUGAUCAGCGGCUUGGAAAAUACUAGAAAAUAUAUUUUUUGAUAAAAAUAUCGAUUGCAGUUCGAAAAUCUUCAAUUUUUAGUGAAUUUCGGACCCAAAAUCUGAAAAUUUCCAAAAAACUCACAUUUUUCGCCAAUCAGAAAUGGAGAUUUCCAUCGUUUUUGAUACAAUUUUUUUUGAAUAAAUAAAUCCAAAAAAAAAGGCAAUGACGUGGAUGAUUUUACACGUCACGUUUUUUUUGCAGUAAAAAUCGGCGUUUGGGAAAGUCUUCUGAAUAAUUUGGCCGAACCGCUGUCAACCACAACAAAAUCGUUGCGUCAGGGAAAAAUUCCGUGGAGUCGAAAAGAGGCGCUGAUGAAUGCGGGAGAAUUUGCGGCUUUGCGGUGAGCUGGAGAUGAUUUUGGCGCGAAAAUUUGAAAUUUUCAAGGAAUUUCGGGUCUGGGGCUGAAAAUUCUGGAAAUUUUCAUGAAAAAUUGAAUAUUUUCAAAUUUUCAUCCAAAAUUCAAAUUUUCAGACAUUCAAUCAAUUUGGAUUGUACACUUUUGAACAAGGAUUUCUAUUGGGAACGACCGGAAUUGGAGAAAUAUUAUAUGAUGGCUGGAAGACAUUUUUCAUUAGAUAGAAGGAUUGGGUAAGGAAAUUUGGAGCAAAAUGAGCUCAGAAAAUUGAAAAUUCAAGUUUCUCAUGAAAUUUGGAGCAAAAUGAGCCUACACAUGCUUGAAAUCGAAUUUUUCUGAUUUUCCCAAGCUCCGCCCUUUGCAAUGCUUUUCUGAUAUACAAAAAGUGUGCCAGGCUUGCAGAAUAAGCCACGCCCACAGUUAUGAUCAGAAUUGUGGGCGUGGCCUAGUCUGCAAGCUCGGCACACUUUUUGUAUAUCAGAAAAGCAUGCCGCAAAUUGCAAAAAUGGGCGGAGCUUUGAAAAUUCGAUUUCAAGCAUGUUUGGGUUCAAUUUGCUCCAAAUUUGAUGAAAAAUUUGAAUUUUUGUUAUUUCUGAGCAUGUUUGGGCUCAUUUUGCUCAAAAAUUAAUUUCAGUAUGCUCAACAAACGUCUGGAUUAUUGUGAAGAGUUGGUGAAAAUGGUGGAUAAUACAAUUGCGCUGAGACAUGUGAGUAGAUCAAAAAAAAUUGUUUUUUUUCUCUGCGUCUCUCACUUUCCAGUUGCCACGUCAUAGGUCACUUUUCCCCCAAAAUCACAAAAAAUCUUCUUUUCUCAACAAUAUUAUUUCAUCUUAUCUAUCAUUUCUCUAACCCACUCUCCACAAUAUCCAUACUCUCUCGCCUUGCAGGUUUUGUUCGAAAAUCAAAAGUUCUCUUUUCUCUCUUUUCUUAUUUUGUUUUAUUGACACACGUGGUCUUUUUCGAGACAAUUUUUGAGUUUUGGAGCAUUUUCUCAAAUUUUUCGAGCUCUUCGGAUUCAUUUUUGGAUCACUCUAGGCUUUUUCGGACUUCUUUAGGCUUUCUCGGGCCUUUCUAGGCUUUUCCUGACUUCUUCAGGCUUUUCCGGGCCUCUCUAGGCCUUUCCUGACUUCUUUAGGCUUUUACUGGGCUUUCUAGGCCUUUCUAGGCUUUUCCAGGCUCUUCAAACCUUUUUGAGCCAAAAUUUGUGCUCUUUUUGGUCCCUUGGGAAAUUUCGAUAAUUAGAAAGAUUCCUUUUUUUGUUUUCCUCUUUUAUUUUUCGUAUUUUCUCCAUUUUGUCACGCGAUUUCUCAUUAUUUUUGCUGAAAAUUUCGGAAUUUUCAUGAAAUUUAAGCAAAAAGAGCACUAUUUUUGCUCAAAAACCCCCUAAAAAUGCUCAUUUUUGCUCAUUUUUUGCUCAAAAACCCCUAAAAAUGCUCAAAAUUGGCUCAAAAUCCCCCCGAUUUUUCAGGCUUCCCAUCUCGAAUGGAUGAUCAUUGUUCUCAUCGUCAUCGAAGUCAUCUUCGACAUUUUUCACUUUGCCGACAAAACGCCCAAAACUGUCCAAAUUUUGGCUGAAAAUCCCGAAAAAUCCAGCUGA